UCUAUUUCAUACUCCUUCAUGUAAUACGAAUCCAGCUCCAGUAAAAUAUCAAUUGCUUCAAAGUUCACUGCUCUAGUACAGUGUAACCUUUUUGUUUAUUCUAUGGCAGACUGAUACAGCUGAGCUCAUGGAGAUAACAAGUGUGUGAUUUAGAUUUAAAGAAUCCAGCAGUGAUGAUCCGAAUCCGAUAUUUAUGACUCUGUGAAUGAUCCACAAAACUGCAUGAGUUGUUUCAUCCGAAUCCAUUUGUCUGAGGAGUCUGAGUUAGUUUUAACCCUAUUCCGACUGACGCGCCUGCUCAUAGAUUAAACAUACCUUAACCUUCACAAACUUAAAUACUUUCAGAGAAAAAAUUGUUGAACUUUUUGAAGAUGUAUUUGCUGAAACUACUGAUCCCGAAAACAAUACAGAACAUUAACAAUCUUAGAUAAAGCAUGGUUCGUCUCUAUGUCGGAGGAAUACCUGAAACCAAGGUCACAGAGAAGGAACUUCUUAAAUUGUUUAAAAGAUUUGGAUCUAUCUCGAAAUGCACAAUCCUCAAAAACUUUGGGUUUAUAGAUAUUGACACGGAAUCUGGAGCAAUCAGAGCAAUCCAGGAACUUGAUGGUUACGCUCUCAAAGGUUCAAUAAUCAAAGUUCAAAGGAUUAGAAUUGAUAAACCAGCCGCAUUCAAGAUUUUUAUUGUUAAUUUCUCACCUCACACUCGAAACAAGGAUCUUCGAGAAUUGUUUGAACAGUAUUGUACUGUACUGGAGGCAGACAUAAUGACUGACAAGGCUUACGGUUUCGUUCAUGUUGAUGCAGGUCUGGGUAAAGAUAGAGUGGAUCAGAUAAUCAGAGACUUGAACGGUGUUGAGAUGAAUGGACGACGGAUAAAGAUUGUGAGUUCAACCUUUAUACCUGGAAGUGAGCCGGAACCACAGCAAGCUCUAAUUGAAAGGAGAAGGUCUGAAGGAAAAAUGGAAAAAGAAGAUUUAAUGAAGGAUAAUCACUUAACCUUAGACUCUUUAGCCUUCCUGGCAUUUCUGGAACUCAUGAAAUCCAAUGAACUGAUGAGUACCGAGACACUGGCUAACCAGCUCUCCGAUGUGGUUAGUUUUGCUGUGAGUGAAUCUAAGAUUAUUGAACUGAUGAACAAGUACAAACAUCUCUUCAAACCCAGCCAUCAAUCCAUUACCUUCAAGCAACCAACCCUUGAGAUGCUAGGAUUUCUCUUCAAAAUCUGUCACAAUCUUCUCCCUCCAAAGGUUCGGUUCAAGUUUUCUGAUAUCAAGAUGAAAUUUCAAAUUGAACGUUGUGAGGACUGUUUGUACGUUGCCAAUCUUAGGGGAGUUCUUACAAGAGAGAAAUCCAUGGUUUACAUAACCUUUCAUAUUAGAAACGCGUAUUCAAGUUUGGAAUAUGUAAAUCCAGAGAUUGGGUUCAGAUCUAAGGAUCCUGUUCUUGUUAAAGUCAAGAUAUCUCUUGUAAACGCAAGACUCAGAAUGGAAAUUGAAAGCGUUAGUAAAGUUGAUGGAGGAUUAGAUCAAACCUCUGAACCUUCUCCGGGUUCCGCUCUGCCAGCUGUCAACUCCCAACCUUACUCCUGGUCCAAGCACAAGCAUGUUAUAGUGGAGGAUUCAGAAAACGAAAUUUUCUUCUCUGACGAUGAACAGCUUCAAGAUGAGGAUCAGAUUAAGUUUGAGGACGAGGAUCAGAUGAAGUUUGAUGAUGAGGAACAGAUAAGGGUCGAGGAUGAGGAUCAGAUAAGGGAUGAGUAUGAGGAUCAGAUACGGGUUGAGAAUGAGGAUCAGAAAAGGGAUGAGUAUGAGGAUCAUAUAAGGGUUGAGGAUUAUGAUAAGGUCAGGGUUGAAGAUGGGGAUCAGAUACGAGUUGAGAAUGAGGAUCAGAUAACGGUUGAAGAUGAACUCAAUGUGAACAAAGAACUACCUGGAGAGAAUAGUGAUGUAUCUGAACUGAAUAGAUUAAUACGGUUAAUGUGUGAACGCGUUGAUCAGGAGGAUAUGUGUUUACCAACUAAAUCAAAUUCAAUGUAUGAUCCUAAACCCAAACCAGAAUCUGGCGCAGAGCCAGCUGAACCUCGUUCUUUUAAAGGAGCUGCUGCUGCUUCUGAACCUUAUUUGAAACAUGUAACUACCCCCUUUCCUAAGCUGGAAGCUUCCGCUGAAACUGGAACUGAACCUGCUCCAGUAUAUGUUUCUCCCUUUGAACAAACAUCUGCUUCUACUCAAUCUGUUGAACUUUCAACCCCGUUUGUGCUGGAGACUGCAAUCAAUCCUACUUACUCCUGCGUAAGAGCAGAGGACCAGGAUAAUAGAAUCCCGUUCCUAAUAAUUCAUUUGUUUCUCUCCAAUGAGUGCAAUUCCCAGUACGGAGUUGGUUCACUAGAAAUACGGAAUUUCUUGAACUCUGUGGAGAUAAAUAAAUAUCUCGACCACCAUCUAGACUUCUCUGAGAUAGAUCAUGUUCUCAUGUCUCAACUAGGAUUGUUCAAGAACAUGGGAUGCAACAAGUACAGUAGGAUUGGGAAGAUCAAACUCCAGACUACAGGAUUCCUUCACAACCUUAUUUGUCUGGGGGAAAACGUCUGGUACAACAAUGGGAGAAAGAGCCUCAACGAUGCGUUCACUGCACAGUCGAUAAAGAACAGCAUAAUUAUUACAGAUAUUGUCGGUUUUUUGAGCCCGACCCAUCUAAAUUCAGUUUAUUAUGCUACCAUACCGACAAGAUUUGGUUCAAGUGUUAUAGCCUUCACUGCAGACAAUCUUCAAAAAUCUUCAAGCAUGGUUCACUUGAAACUCAGGGUAGUCAUAAACAGUAAGCAAGAGGUGAUAACAACUGUAAUGACAGUGGAAGGAAAGAAGACUAAAGAAGCUUCUGGUCAUGUUCCAAUCUUCUCUCAAAUACAGGAGCUUGAAAGCAUAGUCAGAGCUGAGGAAAGGAAAGCCAACCAAAUUAAUAAACGUAAUCUGAAAACUAAAUCAAACCCUUCUCCGUUGCCUAUUAUUGAGCCACCUUCUCCGAAGCAUUCAGUUCAAUGUUCUUCUAAGAUUGGAACUGAAUCUUAUCCGGAGAUUGCAAGUAAACUUUAUAAUAAGUCUUUAGUUGAAAUUGCCAGGGAAGUUUUAGCUCUGGAACCUGUAACCAAAUGCUCUACAGAGAAUGCUACUAUUGCUCCGCCGGAACCCAAAGAUCUAUCACAAGCGACUGUUGUAACUAAAACUUCUCCAGAGAUUGUAACUGAUCCUACUCCAGAGACUACAACUAAAUCUUCUCCGGAGACUGUAACUAAACUUUCUCCAGAGAUUGUAGCUAAUUCUUCUCCGGAGAGUGUAACUAAUUCUUCCCAGAAGACUGCAACUAAGCCUUCUCCAGAGACUGCAACUAAAUUAACUCUGGAGAUUUUAACUAAUUAUUCCCCGGUGACAAUUACUAUACCUUCUCAAGAGAUUGUAAUCAAUUCUUCUCCGGAGACUGUAACAAAUCCUUCUCCUGAGAUUGUAAGGAAAAUUGUAACUACUCCUACUCCGGAAAGUACAACUAAACCUUCUCCGGAGACUGGAACUGAACUAUUUCCCAAACUUGAAGCGUCUUUGGAUAUUGUGGCAAACCCCUCUCAGGAGUUUAAACAUUCAUCAGACACUCAAACCAAAGCUUUACCGGCUCAUUUAACUAAUCCUAUUUUGGACACUGUAACUAAACCUUGUCUGGAGAAAGUCAACAAACCUCCCGCAGGGUCUGUAACUGAACCUUCUCUGGAGUCUUCAGUUAAACCUUCUCCGGACACUACAACUAAACCUUCCUCGGAGCCUUUAGUUGAACCUUCUCAGAACACUUCCGCUAAACCUUCCCCAAGGUCUGUGUCCAAAGCACUUCCGAAUAUUGCAACUAAAUCUUCUCCGGAACCUAUUUCUAAACUUUCUUCGCAGAAAGCAAACAAAACUGCCGCGGAACCUCAAGCUAAACCUUCUCCAAAUAUUGCAACUAAGCCUUUUCCGGAACCUUUAGCUAAACCUUCUUCGGACACUACGAUUAAACCUUCUCCGGAGCCUUUAGUUGAGACUUCUCCGAACACUGCAACUAAACCUUUCCCGGAAUCUAUAACCAAACCUUCUUCGGAGAAACUAAACGUAACUCCCGUGGAGCCUCCAGCUAAACUUUUACUGGAUAUUGCUACUAAACCUUCUCUAGAACCUUUAGCUAAACCUUUUGUGGACACUACCAUUAAAUCUUCUCCGGAACCUUUGGUUGAAACUUCUCCGAACACUGCAGCUAAACCUACUCCGAAGUUUUUGACCGAAGCUCGUUCGAAUAUACCUUCUAAACCUUCUCCGGAACCUAUAGUUAAACUUUCUUCGGAGAAACCAAACAAACCUUCCAUGGAGUCUCCCGCUAAAUUUUCUUCGGAUACUGCAACUAAGACUUCUCCUAGACUUGUAUCUAAACACUUUUCGGAGAAUUUAACUAUACCUUCUCCAGAACAUCUGAUUGAUAGAUCUUCGACAAAUCAAGAACAGUCACAAGUAUCAGUAUCCACUCCUGUUGUCCUAAGUGAGUCAGGAAACCGUUCAGCACAACAGGAACCGUCUUCCAGUAUCCAACACUUGCUGCGGAUGAGAACUGAGACCGGAGCAGUCUCUGAAAUCUCUCCGAUUCUUCUCCAGGUUCAACAGUGGAGAGUUGUUCAGGGAGAUGGCUCUGGUACACAGGAGAUUGAGAUUACAGGACGGAUUAAAGUUGGAGCAGGAGAACGGAUUCUGGCCAUCUCAGAUCUCGCCGGUUCUGCUCAAUUCACGAAGACAACCUAGCGGAAGUUUUUAUACUUCAGGUUUUGGUUCAGAAUUGAAAUAUUUUUCGGAGUAAAAGUUGUCCAUAUUGUUCUUUGACACUUAUUCCUUGUUUACAGAUAUUUCUUUCGUCGAUUUUUGUUAUUUUGUUCCUUCUUUCAUUUUAUUUUGUAAUCGUAAAUUCAUUGCAUUUUUUGGCAGUCUUUAAAUAUCCUUAGUGAAUAUACUGAUAUCAUUUUUCUGUGAACAUUGUGUUUUCUUUUGAUUUUAAUAACGUACAGGAAUAUUAUAAUUAUACCCGUUUGAGAACAGUUGAUAUUUCUUUAUAAUUUGUUAUAAUCAGAUGUCCUCUUUCAUCAUAUCCGGGAUAUUUUGUGUUCUUAAGUAAAUAUAUUUUUUUCAAUACCGGAUUAUCCAUCCUUAAUGUCUCGUGGAUAUUUUAAGAUUGGAAUAUAUUUUAUUGUAUAUCACGGAAGAAAUUUGUCUUUCUUGAAGGCCUUCAAAAAUAUUCUCACAGUAUUCUUCCGAUUAUUCAUUUAUCACAAUUUAAAUACUAACAAAUGUUAGAAUUUAUUGUCAAUUGUUCUAUUUGUUUUUAAUUAUGUAUAACAAAGUGUACAUGAUGUGAUUAAAAUAAUUUGUCGUGAAAAUUUUUUGAAAUGUGAGCUCUAUAAAAGAUAAAAUUGUUUGAAUUUGUUUUAAAGUUAAAGGAUGAUUUUUUCUAAUAUUUAAAGGGACUGAUUUGGGUUAAUUUCAUGGUAAACUGAUAAGUUCGUUUUCUGAUUUUAAACAGAGAAUAAUCAGUCGUCUUCAAAUUAGAAAACGGAAAGCGGGAAAGUUUUAUAAUUCUCUCAACAUUAUGCAGACAGUUUCGUAAAUAAAUAUAUUCUUCAUUAAUGCUUC